AUGCCUACCCUAUCGUUGAUCAACUUCAACAUCGUCUGUGCGACGCUGGGAGGAUUUAUAUCCGUCUUCGGAUUGGUGUCCUACCUGUUCAAGGAGAGAUUCUAUCUUUCUGAAGCAUUGAUUUCAUUGCUAGCUGGAGUGAUCUUCUCCCCCCAUGCAGCCAACUUUAUAAGACCCCAGGAGUAUGCACUUGGUUCCGAGCAGAAUCUAGAAGAGAUCACCCUGUACUUCACCCGUCUCGUCCUUGGGGUCCAGCUGGUCCUUGCCGGGGUGCAGCUCCCCAAACGGUACUUGCAGAUAGAAUGGAAGAGCCUGUCGCUCCUUUUGGGACCUGGGAUGGCUGCCAUGUGGAUGUGUAGCAGUCUGGUCAUUUGGGCCAUGGUGCCGAACUUUCCCUUUCUCCAUGCUCUCGUCGUGGGUGCGUGCAUCACUCCCACCGACCCCGUGCUUUCCAAUUCCAUCGUAAAGGGCAAAUUUGCAGACAAGAAUGUGCCUCGUCCUUUGCAGCGCAUUAUCGUGGCCGAGUCAGGUGCCAACGAUGGUCUUGGCUAUCCUUUCCUCUAUUUUGGAUUGUAUCUUCUCAAGUACAUUGGCAAGGGCGGCGAGGGGUACAGUGGAGGCGCUGGGAAAGCCAUAGGCUUGUGGUUCUAUGAGACUUGGGUCUAUACUGUGAUCCUGAGUGUCGUGUAUGGGAUCGUAGUCGGGUGGCUCUCCCGUAAGUUGCUUCACUGGGCAGAGGAGAAGCAUUACGUGGAUCGGGAAAGCUUUCUUGUAUUUGCUAUCGCUCUUUCACUGUUUAUUAUUGGUACAUGUGGCUUGAUAGGGACAGAUGAUCUCCUGGCCUGCUUUGUUGCCGGCAAUGUGUUUACGCAGGAUGACUGGUUUCGCCUAGAAACAAUGGAUGAUUCUUUGCAGCCAACCAUCGAUAUGUUGCUAAACUUGGCGGUCUUCAUGUGGUUCGGUGCUGUCUGCCCGUGGUCGUCGUUCCUGAACAACAGCGUGAUCCCCAUCUAUCGCUUGAUAUUCUUAGGAAUCCUAAUCCUGCUAGUCCGACGCAUGCCUAUUAUUUUUGCCAUGCACAAGCUCAUCCACCAAAUUGAGCACUUCUAUCAGGCAGCAUUUGUUGGAUUCUUUGGACCUAUCGGAGUCGGGGCUGUCUUCUACCUGUCGGUCAGUCGGGAAUUCCUGAACCAGAUCACCGUCGAAGGUCAAGUCCGUGAAGAUGCCGCGAAGGUUUCCGAGGCUGUCAAUGUCGUGGUUUGGUUCCUGGUCAUUUGCAGCAUAAUCGUCCAUGGACUCUGCAUCCCACUAGCAAAAGCCGGCUACCAUCUCCCACGGACAAUCUCCCAAGCACUCAGCACCAGCACCAUUGCUGAACCCGACCCCGUGCCGAUCGCCAAUGUGCAGCACACGCACAGCACUGCGACACGCAGCGCAGGGCCCACGAACAACCGAAACCGGAAGCGCGGUCAUGCAGGACGGGAACCGCCCGACCCAGCUGUCUUCCAGAUCGGUCGGUCUGUUAUUCGGACCACCUCUUCGCAGGAGCAAGUCCAGGUUGGAGCAGCAACAGCGGAUGAACCUGCUCGACCCGUCAACCUGGUUGUGCGAGAGAACGAGCAGGAUAGUGCACAGGAGAGUAGCAACAGUCCGACCCCUCCAUUCGAACAACAUGUCUAG